AUGGUGCGAUUGAACCGGCCAUAACUUCCAUCGUAUCUCGUACCUAGAACCUCCCAACCUUCUCUCUCCCCUCUUCGUGUCCCUCUAGAACGCGCGCAAGAACACGCGAGCCAAGCGUCGGCGUCCCGUCCCAGCUCCCCAACUUAACUGCAGCGAACAAUAUUGUUGGAGCUUCGUCUUGUCUUAACUGCCGCCGUCGCUGUCAUGGAAGUGGGCAGCGGAAGGGGCAGAGGCGAUCUUUGCACCGCGCAAGAAUCGCGAGAGGAGGUGGCGGGGCGCGGCGGCGCCAUGAGGACCCGCGUGUGCGCGCGCGUCGGCACGCCGCAGGGCGUCGGGGCGCUGCUCCUCGUCGGAGGCGCGAUCGUCGGCGCCGCCGUCGUCGCGUGGCGGCGCCGUGGCGACGGCAAGGGCGCCAAGAAGGACCGCCGCGGCAAGGAGGAGGACGUUCUGGAUGGUGGGGUUGUGGAGAAGGAGCAGCAGAAGUCUGAUCAAUCUGAUGAGAAUCUGGGCAGGGAGGAUAGAGUGGUUGAAGCUGAUGGGUUGGAUGGUAAGGAAGCAGAGGAGCUUCAUGAGAUUCCGGAGCAGGUGGAUGAAAUCGUUGCUGACGAAUUGGACAGCAAACCUACAGAUAAGUUUGAUCCAAAUGCAAGCAAGGAACGUGUCGAAGUCGUUAAUGAUACGGACAGUGAAGAUGUGAAUAAUCCUGACCAAACUAAAGUGAAGAGUUGCGUUGAGAAUGAGAUCACACCAAAUGCCACCGAAGGUGUGAAGAACUCUGAUGAAAGCGCUCUUACCAUCAACAUCCCGGAGGUCACCCAUGAAGAACAUAUCGGGCAAGGACAUGACGAUGAUCAAGAGACCGCAUCAACACAGAUGACAGCGCAUCAAUCACAAAUCUCAGAGCAACUGAAAGUGGAUACCAUGACCGAAAUAGCCACAAUGGAGAACGUAUCGAAGCACGAGGAGCAGAAACCGCCGGCACAAGAGCCGGUCGCGCCCAUCGACUCACCCACAUUUCCUUCACUGCCAGCUCUGUUCAAGCCAGCAGAGAAGAAGAGACCAGCGAACACGGGGUGGAAUGAGACGAGGAUGAAGCUUGUACAAGAUGGUGGCAGCAAGAAGGCGGCAGCAAAGGGUGUAGCCGUGGUGACCAUGGAUCGUAGAGCUGCUUCAAUGGCCAUUCUUGCUAUCAUCUUCGCCGUUACCAUUGGAGCCAACCUCGUCGUGCGCUUGUAUUCCACUUUGCGAGCGACAUGAUCAUGUUCAGAUGAACUUGCACCAUGGUUGGGGCGCGCCAUAUCGUUUGUUCUCCGCGUGAAAAAACGAAAGCUUAUUUGGUCAAGUGUGAAUGCGGAAGUUGCAUGGAGUUGCAUGGGCUGGUGAAAAAUUGCACGGAGUAAGAAUAAUAAGCCUGAUGCUACCAUGGCAUUUUAGUUCGCCAUUUGGUAGUAGGCCUGAUGUAGGAACUAGGAACCAGUUCAGUAUGUCGAAUUGUCUUCAAAUCUUGAGAAUAUUCUGUGCAGAGUCUUUGCAUUUGCA